CUGCAGAAGAAGGGCUAUCAGCGCACAGCUCAUCUAAGCGAGGCAGAUGUUGUUCUUCUGGUAACGUGCUCUGUAAGAGAAAAGGCUGAGCAAACAAUAUGGAAUAGACUGCAACAACUAACAGCUAUGAAGAGGAAACGAUUAAAGACCCACACACCAAUGAAAAUUGGAAUUUUAGGCUGUAUGGCGGAGAGGCUGAAGAUGGAGCUUCUAGAGCGAGAGAAGCUCGUAGAUGUCCUCGCCGGUCCAGAUGCAUACCGGGACCUUCCGCGUCUCUUGGCUGUAUCUGAUGGAGGUCAGCAGGCGUGCAAUGUGCUGCUCUCUUUAGAGGAGACCUAUGCUGACGUCAUGCCCGUCCACCACGCGCCUCGGGGGCACAGUGCUUUUGUGUCCAUCAUGCGAGGCUGUGACAACAUGUGCAGUUACUGCAUUGUUCCCUUCACUCGAGGGAGAGAGAGGAGUCGACCCGUCCGCUCUAUCCUGGAGGAAGUUCGUAUGCUCUCUGAUCAGGUAAACUGUAACGUCAACAUUAAGGUUGGUUGGAAAAACUCCUGCAUUUGUAACCACGCAACAACAGAAUAGGAAAAAAACAAAAAAGAAAGUGACUUUGUGUUUUAUGAUAAAUGCAAAAUCUAUACAACAAUAAUUUAACAUGACUUAUGAAACAAACUCAAUUCAGUUUUACUUAUAUAGCACCAAAUCACGAGAAGAGUUGCCUCCAAGCACUUUAUGUGGUAAGCAAAAGCCCAGACAAUAAAACAACACCCCAUGAGCACGCAGUUGGCAACAGUGGGAAGGAAAAACUCCCUUUUAAACAGGAAGAAACCUCCGGCAGAACCAGGACGGGACAGCUAUCUGCUG